CGUUUGUUGUUGUUUGGCUGAGUGGGCGAUUUUCGUGGGCGUUUUGUAGAUUUUUUGUUGUUGCCGUUGUUUGCCAUUUAGAACACAAUUUUCAGCGUUGGCUAAAAACUAGUUAGGCAUAAAAAAAAAAUAAUAACGCACAACGUGACUAGCGUUGUGUGGUAUUAACAAAAUUUCAAUUUCUUUCAUAGGCAAAACAGAAAUAACAAAAGACCGGCAAAUCUAAAUUUAAAAACGACAAAAAUUACAACAAAACGAGAAAAACAAAUAUGCAUGCCUCUGACAUUGCCCAUGACGGCCAGGCAACAACAACAACAAUAAAAAAAAGCCACAUCGAUUUGCAUUUGUUUCAACUUUGCUCUAAUCAAAAUCAGACACUCACACGCACCUCGCUAUCAACAAUCAAAGUGUAACGGGCGCUGUAAAGUUUCGUAAACUCAAACCACAAAAAAAAAAAUUCAUAAAAAAUACAACAAUUUAAAUGUUCCACAAAAUGUAAAUGUUCAAAUUUCUUGUUUCAUUUUGGAAAACAGCUUGAACAAAUCGGGUUGCAAAGCCAAAAUAACAACAACGAAAAAAUUAAAGAAAACCACUUAAAAUCGGUGUGCCAGACAAGUGGAAAAAUCCGAGGCUUUUAAGAGAAGGCCAAACCCAAAAAUCGCGCAGCAGCCAGGGACCUAUGCAAAUUCUGGAGAAAUCUCAACUGUGCAGCUGGAGCUGGAGCUGCUAGAUACAACUGGCAGAUAGAUUGCUCGGAGAGCACAUUUCCGCACUCGGUGGGACAGUGGGACGAGUCUGUUUGUUUACUGCACCGAGAACCCACCGAGAAGAACCACACAAUGCCCGGCCACUUGCAUGCCAUCGAUCUCUGAGAGGCUCCAGUCCUCCACCUCCUCCUCUGGAUUCUCCUCUUGCAAUAUUUGGAGAGCACUGCAGCCGUUGCUGGUGGUGCAAUCGCCAGAUAAAUUCUAAUAAAUAGCCAGACAACAGCAUACUUGGCAUACAAAUAAAUAAGAAUCGAAGAACGCAAGAACGCGGAAAGCGGAACGAACGCACAUUGCAACAGUUUCGGAUUGAAAAUUCAAAUUCACCCGAGGUGUGGAGUGCAUUGGCCAGACCAAAUCGGGCCAUAAUCCCCCCACAACACCUCCUCCCGGACUUCUUAUUUUUCGAGGCAACAUAGACGUAGGUCGCGGCCAAAGUGUUCCAAGGCAGAGGCAGAGGCAACCGGAGCGAGGUGUACACCUUUGGCACCAUGGAGGGCGGUUACGUCAACGAAGAGGAUUCAGAUGCCAUAAUGGGUGUGGAAAGUCCAGCCAUCAUAUCCUAUACCAAUCCCAAACUGCAAAUCCCAUUAAUGGCGUCCGCAAUUUACGCGCCCACCACCACCACAACAUCAGCAGCACCAGCAGCCACUCCGACAUCUGCAUCCAAAACCGCAUCCGCAUCCGCAUCUGCUUCUGCUUCAUUAUCAUCACCGCCAGGUUCAUCAUCAGCAGCCUCCGCCGCUCCGGCAGGCGGUGGUCCUUUCCACGGAUUUGUUGCCAAAUUGCGUAGUUUUAAAUUCGACGAUACGAAAAAUAUAAGAAAACGAUUUCAUUUCGAUUACAUAUCGAAGGACAGAUUUUUGGGCGGUCAACUCAAGACCAAAAACGGCCAAAAAUAUGUUUUCAAUGGACCUCCGUCGGGGGUUUAUGUUUCCAAGGCUUGCCUGGUCAUCGCCGCCUUCAUCUUUCUGGUGGCCCUGCUCUUCUCCAUUGCAAUCACCUACUUUGUGACCCGGCAGGGAAUCAGCCCCAAGGAAGUGGGUUCCGGCUGCAUCAACCCAUCAUCAGCCGCCGAUCAUCCCAUCCAAACUGCCGGCUGGGUGAGUGUUAACUCCCCGCCGCCUCCGAAAGUGGACACGCCCUCACCAACCACGAGUGCACCACCCACCCCGGAGCUACCGCCCAUUGUGGAACCAGAGAAGAAGGUGGCGGUGGCUCCACCAGUGGGUGACAUACCAGUGCCGGCAACAGAAAUUGAGGAUAACACCACCAAGCCCACGGAUCGACCCCUCAAGCUGUACGAAGGCUGGCGGCCCCUGCACUACAGCCUGCUCAUCGAGCCCCAUGUGGAGGUGUCGGCCAGCAAUGGCAGCCUGACCAUCGAGAUCGAACGGGAUAUGUCCAAGGUGACCAGCUGGGAGCCCAUUGUGCUUGAUGUCCACAACGUAAGCAUCUCCAAUGUAAGGGUAAUACGUGCUCCACUGCCGGGCAGGACCAGCAAUGCCAGUGACGAGCAGGAGGUGGACUUUGACAGCGAUUAUGGCGAUGAGAAUGGCACCUUUGUGAUCGGUUUGGACAAGGCCCUGUCGGGGGAGACACAGCUAAGACUGCUCCUGAGCCUGGACUUUGUCAGCCAGCUGACGGAUACACUGCAGGGCGUCUACAAGACCAGCUACAUUAAUCCAGACACCAAGAAGACUGAAUGGGUAAUCAGCACACAGUUCUCUCCCAUCGAUGCUCGCCGAGCCUUUCCCUGCUUCGAUCGUCCCGACAUGAAGGCCAACUUCACCAUCAGCAUUAUCCGGAGCACCGAGUUCAAGAUGUCCCUGUCCAACAUGCCCAAGGCGCAUACCACUCGCUACCGACCUGGCUACAUCAGGGAUGACUUCCUCACUACUCCCAAAAUGCCCACAUACCUGGUGGCCUUCAUCGUGUCCAACAUGGUGGAUUCGCAAUACGCUAAGCUAGACAGUGAGAUGGCGCCACGAGUGGAGCUCUGGACAAGAUCGCCGUAUGUGGAGAUGACCCACUACGCCUACAAGAUGGUGCGCAAGUUCCUGCCCUACUACGAGGAUUACUUUGGCAUAAAGAACCAGCUGCCCAAGAUCGAUUUGGUGUCCGUGCCAGAGUUCGGAUUCGGGGCAAUGGAGAACUGGGGAUUGAUUACGUUCCGGGACUCGGCGCUGCUCGUGCCCGAGGAUCUGGAGUUGGCCUCCUCUUCGUAUCACAUGCAAUUCGUGGCCGAUAUUGUUGCCCAUGAGCUGGCCCAUCAGUGGUUUGGCAACCUGGUGACGCCCAAGAGAUGGGACGAUCUCUGGCUGAAGGAGGGCUUCGCCUGUUACAUGAGCUUUAAGGCCCUGGAGUUCUCCCAUCCAGAGUUCCAGGUAAUGGACACUUUCACCGUCUCGGAGUUUUCCGCUUCCAUGGAACUGGAUUCGGACAAUACCACCCACGCCAUUUCCUUCGAGGUGCGCUCCACUAGCGAUGUCCAACGCAUCUUCAACCCGAUUAGUUACUCCAAGAGCACGAUCCUGCUGCGCAUGUUGAACUCGAUUGUGGGUGAAGAGGCCUUCCGCUCGGCCACUCGGGAUCUGCUAAAGAAGUUUGCCUAUGGCAACAUCGACAGAGAUGACCUGUGGGCCAUCCUCACGCAACAUGGUCACGAGCAGGGCACGCUGCCAAAGGAUUUGUCUAUUAAGCAGAUUAUGGAUUCAUGGAUCACGCAGCCCGGCUAUCCCGUGGUCAAUGUGGAGCGUCGAGGCGUUGAUUUGGUGCUGCGCCAGGAGAGGUACCUUUUGCCCACCAAGAACCCUGCGGACCAGAGCCGCUGGUUUAUACCCAUCACCUUUGAGACUGACGAGCUGCACAAGGGCGACAAUGUCCCAACACACUGGAUGCGUAGCCAGGACGAGGAGGAGCUCAUCGUGAGCGAUGUCUUCACGAACAGUGCCAAUAACGACAACGUGAUUUAUCUGAAUCUGAACCGUCAGGGCUACUACCGGGUCAACUACGACCUGACCUCCUGGCUGGCCCUCAAGAAGAACUUUAGCAUGCUGCCGAGGAUAACCCGGGCCCAGCUGCUGGACGAUGCCCUGCACCUGGCGCAGGCGGAGUACCUGACCUAUGAUAUACCUUUGACCUUCCUAAUGGAGCUAUUCACGGCUGUGGACGACGAGUUGCUGUGGAGCGCCGCCAACCGGGGACUCAACUCUCUGGCCAACAACCUCAAGAGAGAGCCUGCCUAUGAGACAUUUAGGGCCUUCAUGAAGUUUAUUGUACGCCCCGCCUUUGAUCGGUAUGGUCUGAAUGAGCCGGACAAUGAGUCGCAUCUACAGCUGCAGCACCGAGCCUUGGUGGCCAACUUGGCCUGCAAAUUCAACUAUGAUCGCUGCACCCAAGUGGCCCAGAUGAAGUUCCGGGAGUGGAUGCGGGAUCCCAAGAAGAAUCCCAUCAAGCCGAAUCUCAAGUCAGUGAUUUACUGCACAGCUCUGGCGGAGGGCUCUUUCCAGGAGUGGUACUUCGCCUACAAGCAGUACAAGACGACAACGAGUGCCUCGGAGAAGGAGGAGAUCCUGGGCUCGCUGGGUUGCACCACCAAGCCUUGGCUGCUGUCCAAGUACCUCAAUAUGACCAUUAAUCCCACAUCGGGCAUCCUAAAGCAGGAUGGAGACCGGGCCUUCAUGGCUGUGGCCUACAAUGCCGUGGGCCAUGAGCUAGCCUUUGACUUUCUGCAGAGCAACAUCAAGGAGAUUGCCGAAUACUAUGGCGAUGGCUUCUCCACUGUGUCUGCCAUGAUCAAAUCGCUGACCGUCUACAUGAACAGGGACUACCAUAAGCACAAGCUACAGGACCUGGCCGCCAACUGCCGCAAGCUGGGCCUGCGGGCCGUGGAAUCCACCAUUAAUCUGGCUCUGGAGCAGGUGAACAACAACAUCUACUGGCGCAAGCACUCCUACGACAGCCUGAAGGUCUUCCUGGAGGGCAUUGUCAGCGAGUUCCAGAUCAACAUCUUCUAAGCCAAUGGGGAAAACUCAAAUUGAUUUCAACCAAAAAAUACGCGUUUUAGUUAUGUAACCACUACCAUUAUUUGUAUUCAUGCGAAGGCCUCAAAUUAAUUUAAUGAAACGAAUUAUUUGCGAAAAGUGAUAUAAACGUGUAAGUUAGUUUAGGUAACCGAUUUACUUUUUGCAAUUGUAUAUUUAUUUAUUUGUAAGACGCGCUUCUUCUGCUUCUUGGCAUUGCUCUGCAACGUUCCUAGUAAAAAUAGAAAGCAACCGGAAAAUACACACAAAUAGUUCGAUCUUCGAAUAGCUCUCAUUCACCGCAUCACUUUUAGGCCUCACUUGAUGCACUAUAUAUCCUAUAUAUACUGCAAAUCUAAUGCUGCUUGUGUAAAAUCUGUAUUACCCUUAUGAGUGUCGAGUCCUUACGUUCGUACACACCCCCUAGGUCCUAAGCGAAUCAAUCUAGCACUAAGCGAACCAAAAAUCUAUUUUGUAGUCAGUCCUAAAUCAAGCUGGGAGUAGUCGAGGUGGGGAUAAAACCGAGUGUCCUUAAUGCAUGGUUUUGAAAUGUUGCUGUGGCAAGGAGAGUACACACCCACACACAAAUAUAUUUAUUAACGUACGAGUACCUAUUAUGUAUUUUGUAAAGCCCAACACACACGGGAAUACUUGUAUCGCUGCUGCACAACCAUGUAAAUAAGUUUUAAAGCCUACACUAAACAUUUAAAUAAACUAUGUAUUUACGUAA